AUGCCUCUGAAAAACCUGAAAGUUUUGGAAUUAUCAGGCUUACUUCCUGUGCCUUAUUGUGGGAUGGUUCUAGCUGAUUUUGGAGCCAGUGUCAUCAGAGUUGAUAGGAUUGGGGUGGAUACUACUUUAGAUGUUUUAGGAAAUGGAAAAAAGUCCAUAAGUUUGAACCUAAAACACUGCAAGGCAAUUGAUAUCUUGAAAUCCCUAUCUAGAAAUGCAGAUGUACUCAUUGAACCAUUCCGCAAAGGAGUUAUGGAAAAAUUGGGUUUGGGGCCAGAUGUUUUGUUGAAGGAGAAUCCUAAACUUAUAUAUGCUAGGCUAAAUGGAUAUGGUCAAACGGGAAAGUUCAGUAAAAGUGCUGGUCAUGAUAUCAACUAUGUAGCAAUAUCUGGCUUGUUGUCUCUGUUUGGAAGACAUGGUCAAAAUCCAAGUCCACCAGUAAAUGUACUAGCUGAUAUUGCAGGAGGAGGGAUGUUAUGUUGUUUAGGUAUCCUUCUGGCAUUGAUAGAAAGGAACAAAUCCUGUAAAGGACAGGUUGUUGAAAAUUCAAUGGUAGAGGGCACUGCUUACUUAGGUAGUUGGCUCUACAGGGGUAAAAAAUCCAUGCUGUGGGGAGAUGAAAGAGGAAAGAAUAUUUUGGACAGUGGAACACAUUUUUAUGAAGUAUAUGAAACUAAGGAUGGCAAAUAUUUGUCAGUUGGUGCUUUAGAACCACAGUUUUAUCAAGAGCUAUUGGAGGGUAAGUUGAGUGAAAGUAGCUGUAGUAAAAAUGAAUCCAUUUAUCUGGUGAUAGGUCUUCAACUCAGUGAAGAAGAAGCUCCCCAAAUUGGCGGUGAUUUCGAUAAACUAAAGAAACUCUUUAGAAAAAAGUUCUUAGAAAAAACUCAGGACCAGUGGUGUGAAAUCUUCGAUUCCAAAGAAGCAUGUGUCACUCCCAUUCUAACACUUGAUGAAGCUCCACAGCACCCACACAAUGUGGCUCAACAAACUUUUGUUCAAAUCGAAGACAUAUAUGCACCAAACCCUCACCCGAGGCUGAGUCAAACUCCUGGGAUAUCAAAAGCAACUGAACCUAUACCUAUACGAGGAGAACACACUAAAGAAAUAUUGAUUGGCUUAGGGUAUAGCUCACAUGAUAUUGACAAGCUUGAGCAUGAGGGAGUUGUUGAAUGCCACAAAAAGUCCAAGCUGUGA